CUCAGCUCCUCUUGAGGGACGCACGCGCGCGUAACUUGUCCCGCGGCAUGGCGGCGCUCCUCGACUCCCUGGUGCUGUUCACAAAGUUGCUGCUGUACGUGAAGGUGGCGCACUGCGCGGAGGUGGACUUCUGCACACCUGUGCGCGUGGACCCUCACGCGCACGAGGAGCACGUGACCGGCCGACAGGUCGUCUUCAGACUGAGUGUCUUCCAGCAGGACCUGGACCUGCGCCUCGCGCCGGACUCCAGCUUCCUCGCCGCGGGCAGCGCGCCGCUCCGGCGAUGCUUCUACUCUGGGACCGUGAACCGGGACCCGGACUCCUUCGCCGCGCUCAGCCUGUGCCGAGGUCUCCAGGGGGGGUUCUACUACCGCGGCGAGGAGUACUUCGUCAGCCGCGCCGGGGACCGAGACCCCCCCAACGGGACGCAGGUCGUCCGGCGCGCGACGCGCUCCGACUCCACCAGCAGGUGCGCGGUCACGCCGGACGCGCGCUCCCGCCCGGCCCUGGAGAAGUCCCAGCAGCCGCGCGGCCUGGAGGCGGACGGCCUGGCGCAGACGGUGAUGAGGAGCCUGGGCCGGUCGCGGAGGUUCGCCUCCAUCCCGCGCUUCGUGGAGGUGCUGGUGGUGGCGGACGCGUCCAUGGCGGCGUUCCACGGGGACGCGCUGCGGCACUACGUGCUGACCCUGAUGGCCGUGGCCGCGCGGCUCUACAAGCACCCCAGCAUCCUGAACUCCAUCAGCGUGGUGGUGGUGGACUUCGUGGUCCUGAAGGAAGCCGACAAGAACCCGAAGGUCUCCAGCAACGCGGCGCUGACGCUCAGGAGCUUCUGCUCCUGGCAGAAGAAGCUGAACAAGCUCAGCGACGAGCACCCGGAGCACUGGGACACGGCCAUCUUGUUCACCAAGCAGGACCUCUGCGGGGCCACGACCUGCGACACGCUGGGCAUGGCCGACGUGGGGACGGUGUGCGACCCCAAGAGGAGCUGCUCCGUCAUCGAGGACGACGGCCUGCCCUCCGCCUUCACGGCGGCCCACGAGCUCGGCCACGUGUUCAACAUGCCCCACGACAACGUGAAGGCGUGUGAGCAGGCGUUCGGGAAGCUGAAGGAGAACCACAUGAUGUCGCCCACGCUGAUCCAGAUCGACCGGCGCCGGCCGUGGUCGGCGUGCAGCGCCGCCAUCAUCACCGAGUUCCUGGACAGAGGUCACGGAGAGUGUCUACUGGACCCGCCCCAGAAGCAGCUGCCGCUGUCGGACCACCUGCCCGGCUCCAGCUACGGGCUGCACCGCCAGUGCGAGCUGGCGUUCGGCUCCGGCUCCAAGCCGUGCCCGUACAUGCAGCCCUGCUCCAAGCUGUGGUGCACCGGCAGGGCCCGCGGCCAGCUGGUCUGCCAGACCCGCCACUUCCCCUGGGCGGACGGCACCGGCUGCGGCGACGCCAAGGUGUGCUACCGGGGGGCUUGCGCCGAGAAGAACCACACCGUGCGCAUCAAGGUGAGAGGCGGCGCCGAGCGGGCCCGGCGGUUGUUCCUCGCUGCACCGUCGAGCCCGUGUUUCUGCUUCCAGGUGGACGGCCGCUGGGGGAAGUGGGGAGCGUUCGCAGGUUGUUCCCGGAGUUGUGGGGGCGGAGUCCAGCUGGCCAGGAGGGAGUGCGACCGCCCCGUUCCCGAGGACGGGGGCAACUACUGCCACGGCCUCCGCGUCAAGUACCGCUCCUGUAACCUCAACACCUGUCCGGACACAGGGAAGAGUUUCCGUGAGGAGCAGUGUGAAGCGUUCAACGGGUUGAACCUGAACACCAACAGAUUGGGCUCCACUGUGGCGUGGGUUCCUAAAUAUUCGGGCAUUUCCCCAAAGGACAAAUGCAAACUCAUCUGCCGCGCCAACGGGACCGGAUACUUCUACGUCCUCGCUCCAAAGGUUGUGGACGGGUCGCCCUGCUCUCCUGACACCUCGGCUGUAUGCGUUCAAGGAAGAUGCAUCAAGGCGGGCUGCGACGGCAAGCUGGACUCGAGCAGGAAGUUUGACAAGUGCGGUGUGUGCGGAGGCGACAACCAGGGCUGCAAGAAGGUCUCGGGGAUGUUCACCAAACCUGUUCACGGCUACAACUUCGUGGUGUUGCUUCCCGUCGGAGCUUCCAACAUCGACGUCCGUCAGCGCGGCUACCGAGGGAUGCUCAGCGAUGAGAACUACUUGGCGGUGAAGAACCGCCACGGCAAGUACCUGCUGAACGGGAACUACGUGGUGUCGGCCGCGGAGCGCGACCUGCCGGUGAAGGGCAGCUUGCUGCGCUACAGCGGCACCGCCACGUCCGUGGAGACCCUUCAGGCCACCCGGCCGCUGCAGGAGCCUCUGACCGUGGAGGUGCUGUCAGUGGGGAAGAUGACUCCUCCCCGUGUGCGCUACUCCUUCUACAUCGCCAAGGAGAGCAAGGAGGAAAAGACUCUGUGGAAGGAGGACAAAAGCCACGCGGCGCACAACAGCGUCCUGUCGGACAGCAACAGGGUGGAGGCCAAGCAGCAGCAGGUGGGGAAGAGGCCGGUCAGCCACUGGGUGACAGGAAGUUGGGAUUCCUGCACGGUGACUUGCGGGACCGGUCUGCAGAAGAGGCCGGUGCACUGCCAGAGCGCGGACUGUGGCGGCGCCGACAGGCCCGUGGCGGUGAGGGCGUGCGGUGACCCGUGUCCCGUGUGGGACGUCGGGUCCUGGUCUCACUGCUCCAAGUCCUGUGGAAGAGGCUUCAAAAGGCGGCCAGUGCGCUGCCUGACAGGUGACGGCCUGAAUCUACCCAGAGACCACUGCUCCGGGAGGAGGAAGCCUCAGGAGCUGGACCUCUGCAACCUGAAGCCGUGUUAAGGCAGAACCGACUCGGCCCGGAGACUCAGACACAAACCUUCAUGCCCCAACCCGCGUGAUAAGGAUCCCACGGCUGCAUUGGGGUGAAGGACACUCUCUCCGAUGCCGCCUGAAGGGGCCACAGAAGAAAGCCAACAGAGACGGAGAGGGCCUUCCUCUAUUGUUCUCAAAGACAGACCCCUGUUCAGACCUCCGGCCUCAGGGUUGACUCGUGACCUGUUUGACAAGAUGCCCGAGGCAGCGGUCACACACAUCUGCACACAAGCAAGGUUCAUCGGUCUCGUCUUGGACAGAACUAGAGCGAGCAUGCUGAGUGAAACCUCGUAAUCUCACCUGGGCGUUGACAUUUGGGACUGAAGAACUUCUCAGAAUGUGAAACGCAGUCCGGUAUCACUGCAGCGACGACCGAGACCCCGAGGGUCCGUGCACUCCCCACAUCGUUUCAUGGUGUUGCUUCUUGGGUCGGUGCUGGUGGAUGUUGUCUGGUGGAGAAUAAUCUCGGGCGGCAGCAACUAACUCGUGUUGGGUCUACGUGGAGAGAAAACGUAACAUCUGUUUGAAAUUACAACCCAUAAUCGUUUGUCUUCAGAGAUUUAGUUCACGGUAACGAGCUGCCGAGAGACACUUGAGUAUCAUUUCAUAGGUUUAAACCUUCCAAAUGUGCCCCAGUGGCCGUUUAUGUGAAUGACAGGAAGUAAACGUGGACGCCAGCUGUUGGCUUGAUUCUGACGUGUACAAAUUUAGAGAGCAUUAAGAAUAAGAAUAAUUAGAUAAUCAAAGUAAGAAUCCUAAAUCAUUAGUUUCAGCCCUAGAAUAAUCAAAGCCAGCAGCCGAUCACACCGACAGCGUCACGAGCUUCACUUCCUCCAAAGUGAACAAUAAAUCCUACAAUAUUCAUGAAUUCUCGUUACCAAAAGUAGAAAUAUUUAGAUAAUAGCGAAAAAUAGUUCCGAGCUAAGAAGUUAGCGUAUUUCUCUCCAGUGUUUAUGUGGAACAAACAUUCUGCGUGAGAACCAAACCGACCAAUCACGAGCUGUUCGUGGCUAUCGAGCCCCGGUCUUGAGGGAAGCCUUCAUACUGUGAGAGACAGUUCUGGUUCCGGUCUACAACAUGUUCUCUGUACUUCACGAUGUUCGUGGAAAGAUUCUGAAACCAAAAGGGAAAAACUUUAUCUUUUAUAUUGUUUGGUUUCAUGAUGGUGCCCCCUGGUUUUGUAUUAUUGACAAUGUGACCCCGCUAGCGAUCCACUGGAGUCCAUCAGAAUCCAUCAGAGUCCAUUAGAGUCCAUUGGAGUCCAUUGGAGUCCAUUGGAUCAAACACAUGUUGCAAAACACAGUAACGUAAAUGGAUUAGUAGUUUAAAAGCCAUCGACAGUUUGAGCUGUCCUGAAGUGGGGUCGGGGGUAUCGGAACGCAACAUUUCAAAGGAAAAGCAACGAAAAUGCAAAAGAUAACAAACCUUCAACAGCUGUUUAUUGGCCAUAAUUCUUACUUAAACCUUUAAGAAACUAAAAUACUGCCAUAUUAGCAAUAAUGCAUACACGUAUAUAAAAUAAAUGUUAAAAAAAAGAAAAUUCAAUGUUUCCACAGAUAUUCCAGGCUUUGUCGGCAAAUAGUUUAAACGAGGCGUCACAAUGAUCUCGGCAUUCAUAGUGAUAAAGAAAAAAAACACUGAACUGAUUCUGAGGAGUUUCACUUCAAUUAUUAUUCAGAAAUCGUAUCUUUACAUGCACCGCAUUAAUGCAUAGUUUAAUCUUUAGUGAGCUGUUUUUGGAAAUCUUCGAUAUGAACCACAAUCAUGGGGAAAUUAAAGGGUAAAUCCACCCUGAAACCCAAUCAAAGUCCCAGUGGCGUGCUUUGCAUCAUGGGAUUGUUUCCAUUCCACUGGAGCGCAUGUCCAACACAGCUGGUCCGUGCGCACCGUGAACCUCAGAACGCAUCGGGGGUCUGGAAAGACCUUUAAAUGGACGCUUGGCGGUUCUGUCUGGACCAUCGUACACGUUCACCAAGUUCACCGUCAGAUCCAAACCUCCAACCCUUCACACAUGGAUGCAGCACGUCCUGCAACAGGAAGUGACAUCACUUCCCAGAUUCAGGGGACCAAUCCUAGCAUCUUAAAGAUGGCAUUGCACAGUUAGUUUGUCUUUAUUUUUCACAUCAUGUACAGUUGAUGUUUUUUGUAUCAGUUGUCUUUUGUAUUGUAUACUAUGUAUACAUUCAUCUAGCUGUAUCAAAUAAAGUAUAUAUCUAUAAGAAUA